AUGAUCAGCGCCCCUGACGUGGUGGCCUUCACUAGGGAGGAGGAGCUGGACGAUGAGCUGUACCGCGAGCCGCCGCUGCCCGAGGAGUACUCGGUGCCACUCUUCCCCUUCGCCAGCCACGGGGCCAACCCCUGGGCCAAGGUCGCCAGCUCCAAGUUCACCCGCGACUUCAUCCUCAUCUCCGAGUUCUCGGAGCAAGUCGGGCCCCAGCCCCUGCUGACCAUCCCUGAUGACGCUAAAGUGUCGGGCACUUUCGAUCUCAAUUAUUUUUCCCUUCGGAUCAUGUCGGUGGAUUACCAGGCUUCCUUCGUGGGGCACCCUCCUGGCUCUGCCUACCCAAAGCUGAACUUUGUGGAGGAUUCCAAAGUGGUGCUGGGGGACUCGAAGGAAGGGGCCUUUGCAUACGUCCACCACUUGACUCUGUACGACCUCGAAGCCAGGGGUUUUGUGAGGCCCUUUUGCAUGGCCUAUAUUUCUGCUGACGAGCACAAAAUCAUGCAGCAGUUUCAGGAACUCUCUGCAGAGUUCUCCAAAGCCUCUGAAUGCCUAAAGACGGGGAACAGAAAAGCUUUUGCUAAUGAACUGGAAAAGAAACUGAAAGAUCUCGACUACACCAGGACUGUCCUGCACAAUGAAACUGAGAUACAGAAGAAAGCCAACGACAAAGGGUAUUACACAACCCAAGCCAUCGAGAAGGCCAAUGAGCUGGCCAGCGUGGAAAAAUCUAUCAUCGAGCACCAAGAUCUGCUGAAACAAAUCAGGUCGUAUCCCUACAGGAAGCUGAAGGAGUCUGACUUCCAUCCCUACGAGCCCGACUGUGCGCUGGAUCAGGCCAACACGGGCUGCGGUCAGGACCUGACUACCUCCGACCUCGCUGAGCCUGGCGAACCGCACCUUUACGCCCAUGUGCUGUCCUAUACCCCCAAGCUCAUCAAAGCCAAGUCUGCCAAAUGCUUUGACAAGAAGCUGAAGACGCUGGAGGAGCUCUGCGAUAUUUAUUUUUUCACCCAAACCCUUGACCAGUUGCAUCAUAUCGAGAGGACUUUCAGAGGUGACGUGUGUUACCUCCUGACAGACCAGAUCAGCAGGGCGCUCCUAAAGCAACAAAGCGUAACUAACUUCCUCUUCGAGGAUGUAUCUUUUCUGGAUGAAAAACCACCUGAAAAACAGUACAGAGGCUGCCAGGGGCUCAGUCAAGAUGCCAUUGAAAGAAAGUGUUUGGAAGAGUCCCCUGCUCCUAAAGUGGUCAUCAGCCUGGGAUCGUACAAGUCCAGCGUGGAGAGCGUGCCCAUCAAGAUGGAGCCGGAAAUCGAGGACUCCCAGGAGCCCAAAAUGUCCGAAUCCGUGACGUUUGAACACCAGGAGAACCUGGACUAUCUCGAUGCAGAUAUUAAAGGCAGCAUCAGUAGCGGUGAGAGCAUCGAGGUUCUUGGAACAGAAAAAUCUGCGUCUGGCUUGACAAAAUCAGAGAGCCAGGCCAGCCUCCCCGUCAGCCCCAGUCCCCAGGCGGGCAGGAGUAAGGUGGGCAGCCGGCGGACCGUCAGCGAGGACAGCAUCGAGGUUCUCAGCACGUGUCCCUCUGAGUCGCUCAUCCCAGAAGAUUUCAAAGCGAGCUACCCAAGUGCCAUUAACGAGGAACCUUACGUGGAUGAUGAAGAGGGCGGCCUUCGCUUCACCCCUAAGCUAACCCCAGACAACGCUGACAAGCAGGAAGACAUUUUCAAACAGGAAAACUUGGUGCAGGUUGAUUCUGCCUGUUGUAUCGGAAAGGAGAGUCCCAGCUUCCUCGAUCCUCUGCCUGAUGUGGGACAGAAGCCCUGCGACGAGGACGGGGUGAUCAGGAUCCCCCCGCAGCCGUACCGGCUGCGCGGGAGUUUUGGGGGCUUCCCCUCCCACGACGGCAUCUCGGGGGGGCUCCUUCCCUACGAGCUGGACUCGCGCUACCUGACGGGCAGCAGAGAGGUCAGUAAGAGCAGCCUGGACGAGUGCUCGGACUCCACGAGCUAUAUCAGCAGCGCUGCCUCCACCUGCUCCGACAGGACCCCUUCUCCGGCUCACCCCGCCUGUCCGGCGAGUGAAAGGCACAAAAAAAAGGCCGGGCAGAACGCGCUGCGGUUCAUCAGGCAGUACCCCUUCGCUCACCCCGCCAUCUACUCCCUGCUCAGCGGGAGGACCCUCAUCGUGCUGGGGGAAGAGGAAGCGAUCGUCAAGAAGCUCGUGACGGCGCUCUCCAUUUUCGUGCCGAACUGUGGCAUUUACACCAAGCCAGUGAAGCACUGGGUCACUUCCCCUCUGCACCUCGUGGAUUUCCAGAAGUGGAAGCUGAUCGGGCUGCAGAGGACGGUGUCGCCUGCCGGAGUGAACGUGCUGCACGCCCUGAGCCGGUACAGCCGGUACGUCAGCAUUCUGGACGCCGACAGCAAGACUCUCCGCUGCCCGCUGUACAAAGGCACGCUGGUGUCCCGGCUGGCAGACCACCGCACGCAGAUCAAACGAGGGAGCACCUACUAUAUGCACGUCCAAAGUAUCCUCACCCAGCUGUGUUCGAAAGCCUUCCUCUUCACCUUCUGCCAUCAUUUGCACCUUCCUAUCAGUGAAAGGGAACCGGAGGAAUCCGUCAUGACUCGCAGGAUGAACUUUCUGAAGCUCCAACUGGGCCUUGCCAAUGAAGAUAUCAAAAUCGUGCAGUAUUUAGCGGAGCUGCUGAAGCUGCAGUACAUUCAGGAACCUGGCCAGGGGGUGAGCCCUCUGCUCAGAUUUGACUAUGUUCCCAGCUUUUUGUACAAAAUCUAG